CAGCUUACAAACCAUAAGGAAAAGUAGUUCAAUUUCAUCCGAAUUCAAUCAAAUCUCUUUGAAUUGAAGAUCCUUUCUGCGUUUUUUUUCGUAAGGUGGCAAUAAUCUCCAAUUCCCUCUCGUUCUCUUCGCUUUCGCGCCUUAGAUGGAAGUCAUAAUCUUCCAUCACCGCCGUAGAAUUUACAGUUUCCAAACCCUAAUUUUACCCUAGAACUCAAACCGAAGCAAAAAAAAAAAAGGAAAAGAAAAUUUAGAUUCUCUCGUAUUCUCCAAUUCGCUUGCGAAUUCGGAUUGAGAAAGGCAGCGAAUAGAGGAAGGACAAGAUGUUUGGCGCGUGGAAUAAUAUUGCGAAAUCAGCUGAGGCAGUGGUUUCCCGGUGGGCGGUGAAGAGGGUGUUUAAGUUUCUAUUGAAGAAGAAACUUGGGCAGUUUAUCUUGGGAGAUAUUGAUUUGGACCAACUCGAUGUUCAGCUCGCAGAGGGGACCAUCCAUCUCUCUGACCUCGCCCUCAACGUCGAUUAUCUUAACCAGAAGAUUGGUCCAGCAGCAUCUUUGGUUAUAAAAGAGGGGUCUAUUGGAUCAUUAUUAGUUAAAAUGCCUUGGAAGGGUAAAGGAUGUCAAGUUGAGGUUGAUGAACUUGAGCUGUUGCUUGCUCCUUGCAUGGAGAAUGAUCAUUUAUCUAGAGCAGAUGAACAUUGUAGUUCCAAUAAUGAUGGUAACUAUUAUAAUUGCAGCGACUUGGGGAAAUUUUCUAACGAAAUGGAAGGAAGUCCGAGGAAUCCUGAAAAUGUACAUGAAGGUGUAAAGACAAUUGCAAAGAUGGUAAAAUGGUUUCUUACAAGCUUUAACGUGAAGAUUAAAAGGUUAAUAGUUGCAUUUGAUCCAUCUCUAGAGAAUGUUGAAAAACUGGGCUUCCAUAGGACUUUUGUGCUUCGGAUAUCAGAAACAGAAUGCGGAACUUGUGUUUCUGAAGAUGCUGGUUUAGGUGGUGAAGGUAGAGCUCACAGUUUUCUUGGAAUUAGCCAACUUACAAACUUUGUUAAAUUCCAUGGAGCUGCACUUGAGCUUCUUCAGAUGGAGGAUGUUGACGAUCAAUCUUGUGCUUCACACGCUUCAGGAAUGCCUUUUUCGGGAUUGUAUUCAUAUUGUUCUCCACCAAAUGCUGCUAUUCCAAUCAUGUCAGGGAAAGGUGGUGGAUUUUCAGGGAAUUUGAAGCUUAGCAUUCCUUGGAAGAACGGAUCCUUGGACAUUCGCAAGGUGGAUGCAGAUGUUUCUAUUGAUCCAGUAGAUUUAAGAUUUCAACCUAGCAUAAUUAAAUGGUUGUUACUUUCAUGGGAAACUUUCAAGAACUUUGACAAGGUUGGGAAGAAUAGUAUGCACUGUGAGACAACAGACUCUGUAUACUUGAAUUCUAAUUCUCAAUUCCAAUCAUCAGCAUCUGCCAUGACUGUCAGUGAUAAAGUUACAAAAAAUCAGGGAAGAUUUUCUGCAGGCUGUACUUCCUUGAACGUGCGAGAAUCUGUUGAUGAAACUGGGUUACCCGGUUCACAUUUUAUUCCUAAUUGGGUACCAAUUUCUGUUGGAAAAAACAAGCAGGAUGUUGGAGAAGAAGUUGACUUUGGUGCAAGCGUGGACCAAUUUUUUGAGUGUUUUGAUGGAAUGAGAAAUUCACAAUCAGCUUUGGGAAGUAGUGGAAUGUGGAACUGGACAUGCUCAGUUUUCAGUGCAAUAACUGCUGCAUCCAGCCUUGCAUCUGGAUCUUUACAAAUUCCUUCUGAACAGCAGCACGCUCAAACUAAUCUUAAAGCAUCCUUCGCUGGAAUUUUUAUUGUGUUGUCCUUUCAUGACGAAAACCUGGAUCAUCUGUGUGAUCUAGUACAUGCCAGUUCCAGCAUUCAUUAUUUGGGCAUAGAAUGCAGGGAUAUCUCUGUUCUUGUGCAGGUAUGUCCUCAAGAAAUGAGGUUUGAAGGAACAAUGGUGCAUAUUGAAGCUGCUGAUUAUUUCUGCCGUAAGGACGGAGGAGAUUGUGGCAAUAACGUUGACAGUAAAACCUUUUCAAUAAAAAAUAUGCAAGAUGAAGUUCAACAUGCUCUUCCUCUGUUUUCCCCAUCUACUGGAGAUCGAUCACCAGAUGUAUUUGGUGAGUUAGUUUCUACAGAUUUUUCACUCAGGGACGAGGGUGAUAUGGUCAAAAUUAUGUUGUUUACAACCUCUGGGGUCACUCACUGCCAAUGUACUGUGAGGUCUAGUUCAUCUGGUGGUAGUUUUUCAGGGCAGACAUCUUUUUCUCUGAAACUGCCACCUCUUACUUUUUGGUUUAGCUUCUCCUUGUUAAAGAUGUUAUCAGAUCUCUUGAAGGAAGUUGGAAAAUCUACUGAAAUGGGUAAUAAUAAGCGAAAAGUUUCAUAUGAUGCUUCCUAUGAGAAGUUUGAAUCAUCUCAUUCUCAUGUGAAAAUAAUUUCUGGCUCUUGCAUUACAAACUCUUCUUCAGCAGAAAUGUUGCGGGGUAACAUAUCAAUCUCCAAUGCAAGAAUAAUUCUGUGUUUCCCUUUUAAGAGUGAUGAAGAUGAUGGUGGAUACCCUUCAUGGGAUCAAUUCAUUGUUCUUGAUCUUUCUUCACCUUUACCAUCAAAGGGUGAAAUGCAAGACAGUAGUCCACAUCUUGAUGGGAGUUUGCAAAAACAAUUCCCCUCGUCUGGCACUCGUUCUUUGCACCUGAACUUUGUUUAUCUUUCCUUGUACUCAGUAAUAACUGCACAGAAAGAUGGUAGUGGAAUUGAUUAUGGUAGUAUUCAGAGGCAUAAAUUUUCUUCUCAAAAGAUUCUUUCAGUCAGCAACAGGACUGGGUGUCUUUCUUUCAUUAGUGUCUUUUGGCAGGAAGGUCAUGUGACUGGCCCUUGGAUAGCAGAGAAAGCCAAGUUCUUAGCUACUCCAGAAGAAAGCAGGAGCGGAAAUAAAUCCAUGGGAAAAGGUUAUGAGUUUGCCACUGUUACUACUGUGAAAGAUCUUGAUGAUAUAAGUGCUCAAACCCGCCAGGAGAUAAUUUUUAGCACCACAUGCUUUGCACACAUUCAUCUGUCAUCUGUUAUGGUUGAUCUAGACAGUUUACAGUAUAUUGGCUUGCAUAAUCUUUUAAAGCAGAUUAUUACUGGAUUAUCGUGUUUCUCGUGUGAUGUAACUGGUACCAAAGAAGAGGAUUCAAUUUCUCAAACAUCAGUUCUUCUGGAAUGUGAUUCUGUAGAAAUUUCUGUAAAACCAGAUGAUGAAGAAAAUGUGAAAGCUCCUAUGCGGAGUGAACUUCCAGGUUCAUGGGGUUGUCUGAAACUGAACAUACAGAAAUUUGAUUUGCUAUCUGUCUCAAAUGUUGGUGAUAUUAGGGGUUCUAGUUUUCUAUGGUUAACCCACAGUGAAGGUACGUUAUCGGGUUCAGUCUCUGGGGAUCAAGAUCAGGAGUUUCUUUUAAUCUCAUGUAGUGAUUCUGCAAUGAAACGUGGUGAUGGAGGAGGUUCAAAUGCUUUAUCUUCUAGGUUAGCUGGUUCAGAUAUUGUAAACUUCUGGGAGCCAGAGAGCUUCCAAGAUUUUACAUCUAUAACUGUGAGGUGCUGCACAAUUGUUGCCGUAGGUGGUCGUUUAGAUUGGAUGGGUGUGAUCUGCUCCUUUUUCAGUUUGCCGUCAGUGGAUCCCGAACAAUUUGUUGAGCAUAAUUUACCAAAUGGAGAUUUAGACAAACCCGCUCAUAGAUCUUCCUUUGUUCUUAAAUUGGUUGAUAUUGGAUUGAGUUAUGAACCCCAGUUAAACAACUUGGCUGUUCAUAGUGAAGUUCUAGAUUCAGAUUCUGUUUCUUCAGAUGCCAAAGACGACACAUCUGAACCUUAUGUAGCUUGUCUGAUUGCUGCAUCUUCCUUCUGUCUUUCAAAUUCAACAGUGGCAGAUUCUCUAGGCAAUGAAUUUAGAAUAAGAUUACAAGAUCUCGGUUUUCUUCUUCGUGCAGUUUCUGAGUGUGACAAACUUGGGGGUACUUAUAGUGCCGAACAACUUAAUCGGGGAGGUUAUGUCAAAGUUGCUCGGGAGGCACUAAUUGAAGCUGUUGUAAAAACUAGCUGUGCCAACGGCCUUCUCUGGACGGUAGAGUGUUCAAAUUCUCAAAUUUAUGUGGAAACCUGCCACGACACCACAUCUGGCUUGAUUCGCUUGGCUGCUCAACUCCAGCAGUUAUUUGCCCCUGAUGUGGAGGAGUCUAUCGUGCACUUACAAACACGGUGGAAUAAUUUUCAGAUGGAACAACAGAGGAAUGAUGAGAAAAAUAGAGCUCCAUCAACUUCUGAAAUUCAUACUGUGACUGCAGAGUUAGAGGCUAAAUGUGGGGUGGCUGGCUUGAUGGAUGAGAUAUCUGAAGAUGCAUUUUCCUUGGAUGGAAAUGAGACCUUCCAGAUUGGUUCUUCUGAGGUACAGUUUCACCUACCCGUCAAGGAAAAUGUUGCUGAAGAACCUUGUAGCUUAAGCUUUGAAAAUGCGGAGAUGUUUUCUCACGAGCUACCUGUUAAUGGAAUAGGUCUCCAAAGUAGUCAAGCUUCCUUUCUAGAACAAGGUUACUUCCCAGAACUAAUAGAAAGUUACUGUUUACCUGAGUUACGCCCCCUUACAGAAUUACCUACAGGACUAAAAUCUUCCCAUGAGGUCCUGAAAUGUAGAUCCCUACAUGUUGGGGAGGGAGAUCUUGGAAGAGGGAAUAGUGGAUGGUAUGAAGAUGCUUCUUUAAAAAUUGUUGAAAAUCACAUUUCAGAACCAAGUGGAAGAGCUGGCCUGAAAUCAUUUGUGGAAGACAGGCUUUUGUAUCAUGACUCUGGUGAACCUGAUGAUACAGUAAACAUCAUAGGACGUGUACUCCUUAAGAACAUUAAUAUAAGAUGGAGAAUGUAUGCUGGGUCUGACUGGCGCAAAGCAAUAAUGAGUAAUAUGCAGUCCAGUAAUAUUCUUGGAAGGGAUAGAACUGUAUGUCUAGAGCUUGCAGUAUCUAGGAUGGAGUUUCAUUAUGACAUAUUCACACCUGGUGGAGUAUCUGUGUCUAAGCUCUCUCUUUCAGUCCAUGAUUUUCAUCUUUAUGACAAGAGCACCGACGCACCUUGGAAGCUGGUGCUAAGAUACUAUGAUUCAAAAGAUCAUCCUAGGGAAUCCUAUUCAAAGGCAUUCAAACUGGACCUAGAAGCUGUCAGACCAGAUCCUUUUACACCUCUUGAGGAAUACCGGCUGCGCGUUGCUCUCCUGCCUAUGCGGUUACAUCUUCAUCAAAGCCAACUUGACUUUCUCGUCAGGUUUUUUGGUGAAAAAAGCUCAUCGCUUAACCAGUCUACAAGUUGCCCUCCAGAUUCUGAUUUGUUGGUAAUGAGGAGCCAUUAUCUUGCUGGACAUGCCAUUGCAGAUGAGGCAUUGCUCCCUUAUUUUCAGAAGUUUGAUAUUUGGCCUAUUCUUGUUCGAGUGGACUAUAGUCCCCAACAUGUUGAUCUAGCAGCACUGAAAGGUGGUAAAUAUGCGGAACUUGUAAACAUUGUUCCAUGGAAGGGAGUUGAGCUAGAACUUAAACAUGUUCAUGCUAUUGGUGUCUAUGGUUGGGGCAGCGUUUGUGAAACAAUUAUUGGGCAGUGGUUGGAAGAUAUUUCUCAAAAUCAGAUUCAUAAAGUAUUGUGUGGCCUUCCUACCAUCCCAUCUUUGGUUUCUGUUGGUGCUGCUGCUGCAAAGCUAGUUUCCUUGCCACUCGAGAGCUAUAGGAAAGAUCAGAGGGUACUAAAGGGAAUGCAAAGAGGUACAAUGGCAUUCCUUCGAAGUAUAUCACUUGAAGCUGUUAGACUUGGUGUGCAUUUGGCAGCCGGGACUCGUGACUUUCUGCUUCAGACUGAGUAUAUGCUGACAAAUAGUCCUCCUGUAUCACGGCCCUCACAAGGCAAGACAAAGACAAAGACAAAUGUGAGGCAUAAUCAGCCUAAAGAUUCCCAACAAGGAAUUCAACAGGCUUAUCAGAGCUUCAGUAAUGGGCUUGGGAGAUCUGCAUCGGCUUUAGUUCAGACACCUUUGAAAAAAUAUCAACGUGGGGCCAGUGCAAGUUCAGCAUUGGCAACAGCUGUUAAGGCAGUUCCUACUGCUGCUAUAGCUCCAGCAUCUGGCUGUGCAAGUGCAAUACACUCUACUCUCCUUGGAAUCAGAAAUAGCCUUGAUCCUGAGCUUAAGAAAGAGGCAAUGCAGAAAUAUUUCGGUCCCACCCUGCCGCAGGAUCCUAAUUAAUCUUGUUACCAACAGUGUCAGUUCUGGUAUUUUACAUGAUCAUUGUGAUAGAUCGGAGGGUGUUAUUUCUUCAACGAGAACAGGAUAUUGUCACAUACCUCGAUUUUUACCUGGCGAGGGUUUGGCUUUUAUGUGUACAGUUAAGCAAAUCCAUCACACAUUCUUUCCCGCCGGAACCGGAUCCGGUGGUAAGUUUUGUACAAAAUGUAAUUAUGUAUAUUGGCAAUCGUGAGCAAGUUUUUUAGCUUCCUCUUUAAUCAUGGUCUUUCCCACUAAAACAGUGAGGUGUGUGCUGUGUUAUUCUUUGCAAGCCUCAGGCGCUGUGCUUAUUGCUUCUGCUUGUACGUAAUCCAUUGCUUCUAUAAUACAUUUUAGA